AAAGUCUCCUCUCCCCGCAAAGGCAAAGCCACCCACCCCGUCUUCUUCCUUCCUCCUCAGCCGAUCCCACCUAACAAGUCGAACAUGACGACGACGACGAAGACAACGCUAACCCCGGCGCCGGCGGCGAAUAAGGGGAAAGGGGCACCGCUGCGGGGGAGCCAGCUGAAGCAACUCCGGGAGCUCUUCACCCGGUUCGACAUGGACGGCGACGGCAGCCUGACCCAGCUCGAGCUGGCCGCGCUCCUCCGGUCCCUGGGCCUCCGCCCCACGGGGGACGACGCCCGCGCGCUGCUGGCGGGGAUGGACGCCGACGGGAACGGCGCCGUGGAGUUCGAGGAGCUGGCGUCCGCCAUCGCGCCGCUGCUGCUGUCGCCGUCGGCGGCGGGCCUAGUGGACCGGGACCAGCUCCUCGAGGUGUUCCGCGCCUUCGACCGCGACGGGAACGGCUACAUCUCGGCGGCGGAGCUGGCGCGGUCCAUGGCCAGGAUCGGCCAGCCGCUCACGUUCCAGGAGCUCACGGCCACCAUGCGGGAGGCCGAUGCGGACGGGGAUGGGGUCAUUAGCUUCCAGGAGUUCGCCGCCGUCAUGGCCAAGUCCGCCCUCGACUUCCUCGGCGUCCCCACAUGACCGCCGGAUCGACGACGACGACGACGACCCAGUCUCGACUAAUUAAUCUCCUAUAGUUUCUAAGUAAUUAGGAUCGAUCUACUUUGUUCUUGCUGUUGAUUAAUUAGCACAGGGAACAGAUGGGAAAUGUGUAGUAUAAAAUUUUGAUUUGGUCAGUCGAUGCGCUCACUGUUUUGGCUCGUUCUGUUCGUUUCUGCCGUCUGAAUUCUGAAAUCUGCGCUUCUGUACAA